AAUCUGUCUACUACUACAAUUUUACAGUUUACUUCUGACAGUUUCGCUUUCUGAACAGAAUACCUUUAAGACGGUGGUUGUUGUGACGAUUUACUUACAUUCUUCUCUCCUUAGUAUAUGCCACUUUUCGUUGAGUCGUACAUACGAUUCUAAAGGACCGACGUAUACGUAUACGUAUAUACAUCGCCACGAUAUCUAAAUAUCCAGAGAGAGAGAGACAACAAACACAGGAUCAGCAUAAUGAGUACCUUAACACAAGACAAGCCUACGGUGGUUUGCGUUUUCUGUGGCUCCGUCGAAGGCAACAAUCCAGUACACAUGCAAACCGCCAAGGACCUUGCACGAGCCUUCCACGAGCAGAAUGUGCACCUCGUCUACGGAGGCGGCACACAGGGCCUCAUGGGCCAAAUUGCACGUGAACUUGUGCGCCUCUCAGGACCCCAAGCGGUACACGGAAUCAUUCCAAAGGCGCUCGUAAAAGUUGAGCCGGGAUACAACCAACCACCUUCUAGUGACGGUGCAGGAGAAGAAGAUGUAAAAUCCCAAGAAGGAGCCGGCAAAACCCACGAACGGGUCAUAAACGCCGACAAACGCACCGAAAUCAUUGAAGCAGAAUACGGUAUGACCACGAUCGUGCCCGACAUGCACACCCGCAAACGCCUCAUGGCCACAAAAGUCCUCGAAGGUGGUCCCGGUUCGGGGUUUGUCGCUAUGGCCGGUGGGUUCGGCACAAUCGAGGAGGUAAUGGAAAUGACGACGUGGAAUCAGCUCGGAAUCCACAAAGUUGGAAUUGUGUUGCUGAAUCCGCAGGGAUAUUGGGAUGGGGUGUUGCAGUGGAUUCGCACGGCGGUUAGGGAAGGGUUUAUCAGUAGUGCGAAUGGGGGCAUAUUGGUAGAUGUGCAGGAGGUUAAGGAUGUGUUGCCUAGGUUGAGGGAUUAUAGGACUAGUGUUGAUCGGUUUCAGUUGACUUGGGGAGAAGAGUGAUCCUUUUCUCGUCUUCAUCGGUUGGUCGAUAUAGAUAUUGUUAGCGGCAGUGGCUGUAAGGUAUAGAUACGAUGAUAUGAAUAUAACACUCUAUAACGUUUUGAUCCG